CAUAGGAGCUUUGUGGAUUCAAAGGAUUUGCUUUCCCCUCUCAAAGAGCCGCUAUUCUUUGAUGAUUGGGCAGCGGAGAACUUCAAAGUAAUAAAUCUUAUUUCUGACUGGCUGGCGGCCCACCAAAGUCCUUAUCACAUUCUAAGGAGUGAUCCCUCGCUCUUCAGAUGGUCCAGGGAUAUUGGUGGGAGAAGGAGCUCGGCAGCGCUUUCCUACAUGAGUCCAUUGUGCGGAGCGACGUGGCUUUUUCUCUGAAGAGCCGCGCAGGAGGCGGAUGAUGGCCGCAGUGGCUGUGCUGAGGAAUGACACGCUUCAGGCUUUCCUGCAGGACCGCACACCCAACUCUUCUCCCGAGAGCACCAAACACUCCCCUCUGGCUCUGCUAGCGGCCACCUGCAACAGGAUCGGACACCCCCCUGGGUCGAGUCCCCCCGAUUUCCUCCAAGUGCCCUAUCAUGACGGCGCCCUGGGCGCCCCGUCGCCCAUUUUUCACCCGUGGAGCAGCGAGGGGUGCGCGCAGGGCGCCGCUUUGGCACUUUCUUCUCCCAAAUCUCAGCUCUCCGCGCACAUCCAGUCCUCCUUCGGCUCCCACCAUGAGCUCCCUCUCACCCCUCCGGCGGACCCCACCUAUCCGUACGACUUCUCCCCGGUGAAGAUGUUACCGUGCUCCAUGCAGUCCCUACAGUCCACGUGUCCGCCCACGUACGUCCCCGCAGUUACGUACGCCGCCCCGGCGUCCAUCGCACCCGCGAUGCCGGGUUUCGUUCCCGCGCACUCGGGUCUGAUACACCAACAGCCGAGGCAGGUGUCCCCGAGUCCGGGGGAGGACAUCCCUUGGUGGAGUCUGCAGCAGGGAAACCCCGCGAGUCACCCGUCGUCCCUCGCGAGCCCGCGCUUCCCCUUGCAGAGAAGCCUGGUUCUGGGACACACGGAUUUCGCGCAGUAUCAGACUCAGAUCGCGGCUCUGCUGCACACCAAGUCGCCCCUGGCCACCGCCCGCAGGUGUCGCAGGUGCCGCUGCCCCAACUGCCAGUCGUCGUCGAGCCCCAGCGAGGAGCCCGGCAAGAAGAAGCAGCACAUCUGUCACAUCCCGGGCUGCGGGAAGGUGUACGGCAAAACGUCGCACCUGAAAGCGCACCUGCGGUGGCACACCGGCGAGAGACCGUUCGUGUGCAACUGGCUCUUCUGCGGGAAGAGCUUCACGAGGUCGGACGAGCUGCAGAGACACCUGCGGACGCACACGGGCGAGAAGAGGUUCGUGUGUCCCACCUGCUGCAAGAGGUUCAUGAGGAGCGACCACCUGGCCAAGCACGUGAAGACCCACCAGAACAAGAGGAUGAAGCCUCAGGAGAAAGGCGUCAAGAGGGAGGACGCUGUGACUGGAAACGUGUAGGAGGAGAUGAGGAGAUGAGGAGAUGAGGAGAUGAUCGUGUCGAUCAUGAUGAUGAUGCUGCGCUGGACUAACUGAGUCUAACUGUGUGUGUACUGUGCGAUCGGCCCAUAGACACGUUCUCGCGGGAUAAUUCAUUGGAAUACUGGAACAUAUCCAUCAUUUAUCCGGCAUGCGCUGGAAAUAAGAAUAUAUACUUAUUUUUGAUAGGCCUUGUUUGUAUCUUACACUGUCUGCGCUGGUACAAGGAUUUCGCUGUUCAAUCCUUGUAGAGACCGUUUGAGUCUACAAGUUUCUGCAACUUGUCUUCGGGUUUCUGUCUUCGGUGGAAGAACUUACGUGUAUAUACGAUUGAAGAGCUUUUGUUGAAUGAAAGUGUGAAAAGUGUUUUUGCCCCAUGCGGGGUGUCUACGCAUGCUUUCCAAAAAAACGACCUCCAUGCUGUUUGAAAAAAUAAAAAAAGCGAUCCUCUCCUCUGUGUCCCAAAGCGCCGCCGUUGAUA